AUGGAGCUGAAGGUGUGGGUGGAGGGAAUUCAGCGCAUUGUGUGUGGCGUUACCGAAACCACCACCUGUCAAGAUGUGGUGUAUGCACUUGCUCAUGCCACAGCUCAGACAGGUAGAUUUACUUUGGUGGAACGUUGGCGAACCAAUGAACGUUUACUGGCCCCUUAUGAAAAUCCUCUUAAGAUCUUAAUGAAAUGGGGCGAAUACUCUUCAGAAGUUCAAUUGAUUCUGAGACGUUCCACUCCAGAAAAUAACAAAACAAAUGCAUUACCAUCGCGAUUGACGUAUGCAUCACGUGCAAAUGGAUUACCAAUUUCACUAUCUGAGCACGGAACAUCAAGUACUGCUACUAUGCAAGAUGACAGUAAAAAUAUAUCAACUACUCAAAGUUUAGAUUUUGCAGAUGAUAUGCAAGGAGGAUUGGAGAGAAAUAGAGACACCAGAAAGUCACUUACGUUUAGUGGAUUUCAUGGAGGUAUUACAGAAGGUAGCACAGAAAUUCAAAUGGAGAAUAACGUGGCUGUAGUUCAGCCCACGCCACAUUUGAAGAAUAAGGAUUCAAACGUUCGAAAAAAUGUACAAAAACCAGCGCAGUCACCUACGCGAGGAACCAAUACAGAAAUCGCAACACACUUAUUGCAAAAAAAGGUACGCGAGGUUCCACCUUACAGGGAACCUCCAGGUCCAUCUUCGCCGCCCUUACGCACUUUGCCACCUUACCGAGAUCCACCGCCGCCAAAUUUAAACAGUCCUGGAAGAUCGCAGUUUGUGCAUGGUAGCGGAAGUCCUCAUAUGCAUAAAGAUGAUCAGCCAUCUUCCAGUAAUUCCAUGAAAUUGAAAAGAAAUCUCAUCCAGGAAUUUCAAGAUAAAGUGCCUACGCAAUCUGUUAAUCCUCUUUCUGUCACGGCACAAAAUAUGGCGACUGUUGCUUAUACUCAACGAUAUGUUGAACUCAUAAGACUAGUCAAUAAGCAACGGGACACUAUUAAUGCUCAACAAGCUGACCUAACAAAAUUUGAUGCAGAAAUACUGUAUUGGGAAACAAAGAAUAAAGAACAAAUGCAUCAAAUGGAUUAUAUUUCCCAAGAAAUGAAUCGUAUCGAAUCUACUGGCCGCAUCAUCGAGGAACAACUCAAGGAAUUGGCUCAUGUAGAAGAAGAAAGCGAAAUAGUUAGGCAGCAGGAAAAAACACUAAAGUCAGAAAUAACAUUGCUUAGAUCAAAGCUUGCCAAUUGUGAAACAGAACUUCUUCAAUGUAAAAAUAAAAUUAGACUAGUUAUGGAAGAGCUUACCAUGGAACAACAUAAUAUAAGCCGAGAGACAGAUGAGCGGCAAAUCAUGGAACGUAAAAUAAUUAGCGAAGUGGAGCAUUUACAAAAUGAAGUAGAACAAGCUAAACGUGCAACCGAAUUAGCUUCGCAGCAUGCAGAAUCUUUAAAAUUAGAAGUAGUCAAUUUGGAAUCGGCAAUUGUCGAGAAGAAAUUACAAGUAGAGAGAUUGGUAGCUGACAUGAAAGAAGCAAAUCUGCAAAGUUUAGCUGUUGCAUGUUCAGAUGAGCAAGUCAAAUCUUUAUUAGAAGGUGCCCAUAAACCUGGAAGUACACGUAAAAUGAUAGGAUCACCAAGGCAAUUGGAAACUGCAGUACCCACGAGUAAGAAUCCACAUGGUGUGUGGGUAUAAAUAAAGAAAUCAAUAUACCUGAUAAUAAUGUCUUACAUGUGAGAAAGCAUAUCAAAGAAUAUACAUUAAAAUAUUUGUAUGUUAUACUAUUUAGUAAAGUACGUAAAGUACUUAAUUUUUCUACAUAUCUUUUAUGCAUUUAUUUCAGUAAUAUGAAUUAGUAUUAUUAUGUGUCAUAAGUUCGUAUUUUUAUAUAUCUUAUUAAUAUAUCAUCCCAUUUAUAUUCACAAAAUAUUUAAUUAAAUUUAUAAAUUGUUACAUAAACUACACUCAUAUUUUUGAAACUACGUAAUAUAUUUUUACAUUUAUUAUUAUGGUUAUUAAAAAAAGGUUUUUUUGCUUUUGAAUAUUACAUGUAUUCAUUAACAAAUGAUGAUCAAGUAUAAUGUUAUAGAUGUAUAUGUAAUUCUAGUUUAUGUAAGUAUAGGAAAUAGUUAAGUCUAAAAAUCAAAAUUAUUAAUACGCUCUAUUAAUUGUGUACUUAUUACAUUUUUAUUUUACAAAUAGUUUUUAUAUCUUUUCUAAUUAAGAAAUAUUUUGCCAUAAUAGAUUUAUUUAAUUAUGGUUUUGUAUCUUUUUCUAGAUAAAUCACAAAUGUUAACAAGAAUUAGUAUUAACGAUCGACUAUUAUAUAAUAUUUUUAAGUUUUUUUUAUAAUUUAUUGAUGCCAUGUUAAUCGUGAAACUGUAAAAUAAUGUGAGAAGUCUGCAUUUGAAUCUAUUAAUUAGAAAAAAUAAGUUUGCAAAAUUGUAAAAGGAUUUGUUUAUCUAAAAAAAUUUUUAAUUUUAAGAAUUGCAAAUUGAUAACUUUAACAUGUGACAAUAUAAAAGUUAAAAAAUAUUUUGAUGCAAUUUAAUUUUACAAUUCUGCGGUUUUGGCAUCGACAAUAUAUGCCACAAGUACAUAAUUUUUUAUAGAUAAAUCAAAUAUUUUUAUGACAUAUAGAUAUUUUUAUUAGGAAACAUUUAUUUUGUAUAUCAUAAGAGUUAAAAUAUAUAUACUUCUUACGAAUAUUAAACAGAAUGUUAUUAAUAUAAUCAAUGUUAUUUAAACAGCAUGACUGCAAUAAUUGAUGAUAUAAUCUUUGUCUUAAAAACAAAAAUUAACAAAUGUAUUUUGUGCACACAUUCACAUGCAAUUUGUGCGUUCUAUAAUAAAAUAGUAUUGCUCUAGUAA